ACAGGUUACGUUGGGAUCGUAAUAAUGGCUGCCUCGCAGAAAAUCGGAGGCCUUUCGUCAAAGUCGUGGGAAAACAGAGAGACUUCAGAGGAGGACGACGGAAGAGACACAGUGACACUGUUGGACGUGUUCACCGGGACACUGAGAGAGAAGAUCGUGCUACAGCAGCUGAUCGUGAUUGCCCGGCUCCCCCGACAUCUUCAUGACAGGACAGAAGUGGGAGCUCAUUAUGAAAGACUCAACUUUCACAUAAGCAAACAGUACAUAUGGGAUCACAUGACGGGCCUGCUACUCAUUUAUCCGAACUAUCUGCUGCACAUCAUUGAAUCGUCCAGAGACGUCCUGUUUUCUGUUCUGAAAGACCUCAAAGAUGUACAGCAACAGACACAAUGUUUGCUUGAGGCCCCCAAGGUUGUGUUCAUGACACACGGUGCACAGAGCAGGCUCUUCCAACAGUGGAGCUACAAGGUGCUGGAUGAAGAAAACCCAGCAGCUAAGGGACUGGAAGAAGAAGACGAGAGCACAGAGACUCUGGUGUGCAGUGUCCUUGCAGCACUGCAAAACCUGAGCAAGCACCUUGAAUUAUCUAAGAUGGCUCUUCCCGGAUUAUUGCUGGAUAAGAAUCCAGAGCUCAUUGUUUCCCAGAAUGUUCUAGGAAAGCUGCUGGCUCGAGGUGAGCUCCUGAGUCCACAACUGUACCUACAGAUGUACGACUCCCCCGUAAACAUCAGAAUGACUUUUGGACAAGGUAUCCAAGGCAGCUGCCUCACCACAAUAUAACUUUUUGGACAAAAGGUCAAAGCACAGCUGCGUGUCGUCAUGGUGAUCUGCAUGCACGGUGCAUCUCAGAGUGCUGUCAAUGUCGGCCAUUUACGUUUGAUUUACCUCGCCGUUCACAUCUGUAAUGAAAUGUUCUAUGUCCCUGUAGAAUGUGUUUGGCCUUCACUUCCAGCACCGUGGAUGUAACUGAUGACCUCCCAGCAGAAAUAAACCACUGUGCUACAACCGGACGCUUUUAUACCAACAUUUAACUCACUGCCUGCAAAACACAAUUUUCAUUUGCAACAGAAGCACAGAAAAAUCCAGGUAAUAUAAAAACAUUUUUAAUAGAUUCAACAUUUGGAUGAGGAUUUUGUCUUUAUCUUUUUUUUCCCCUUUUAUCUUACACUUUGUUCCACUUAGUGACGGAGAGACAGCGUGUCCAAAAAAAGACAUUCCCUUUUCACUCACAGCUUCAUUACAAUUUGACACAAAGAA